UCUCUCUUCUCUCCCACCAUCGGGAUCGUCUCAGGGAGAGAUGAAAAUUCUCUCUGUCUAUGACAGCUCCAGAGCGAGAUCCUCUCUGCCUCAUUUCAUCGUUUUCUUCCUCACAUGUUACGUGCACAAGCUGGAAUCAGCCCAGUUCUCAGUGAAUGGACCAGCUCAUCCUGUCACAGCCGAGGUGGGGGAGGGCAUCAUGUUACCCUGUAGCCUGUCCCCCGGAAUGAACGCAGAGCACAUGGAGGUGAGAUGGUUCCGACAUGAGUUCACUCCCUUCGUGCACCUGUACCGGCGCGGGAAGGAUGAGUUUGGGCAGCAGAUGCCCGAGUAUCACGGCCGGACAGAACUUUUGAAAGACAGCAUCACAGAUGGGAACGUUGACUUGGGAAUUCUCAAUGUCAGGCUCUCUGACGAAGGACAGUACCACUGCUCUGUUCAGGAUGGUGACUUUCAGGAGGAAGCUGUACUGGAACUGAAGGUCGCAGCUCUAGGCUCCGCACCUCACAUCUCUGUCGAGGGUCACCAGGACGGAGGGAUCCGAGUGGUGUGCCAGUCGGCCGGAUGGUACCCACAGCCCCAGGUGCUCUGGAGAGAUCCCAAGGGGCAGCCUUUAUCUGCAUCCACUGAAACAAAGUCUGAAGAGGACGGUGAUUUCUUUAAAACAAAAAAUUCUAUUGUUAUAAUGGAAAAUUCACACAAGAGUUUGUCCUGUUCUAUGAGGAACACACACCUGGACGAAGAAAGGAAAUCAAUAACUUUCUAUAUAUCAGAUUCCUUUUUCCCAAGAGCCUCUCCCUGGAUGGUGGGCUGGAACGUGACCCUGGUGAUCUUGUUGCCGUUCGUCUGCCUGGCUUCAUUUCUGUUCAGAGUAAGAGGGAAACAUCUCGACACCAUCAGUAAAAUUUGCACCGAGCUGGAAUGGAGAAGAGCCCUGCAUGAUGCAG